GCGCCUGCGCCACGGAAAAGUAGUACGCGUUAGCUUUUCGUCUCAUUGAAUCGCGUUUCUUUUUCCAUGGCAUACGAAACUCUGCGACAAACGUGGACAGGUCGUUUAACCCGAAUGUUAUAACUAUUCGAAAGGUGUUCGAUACGGUGAACAUAUUUUUAUGUACAUUGUCGAGAAAGAAAUUCAGACAUCAGACUGCGCAGUUACUAGUGCGCAUUGUUGGACCGAAACACAGUGAGAGGAUCAGUAGGAGAGUCGAGAGUGUAAUGUCUGAUAAGACGAGCGAUGGACAGCCGUGAGCGUGCGUGAUCGUAUUUUCAGUUUUGACAGUUCAACGAAAAACUGACUGGAAGGGAGACGGAUAUUCGUGAAAAGUGUUACAAUCGCGUCUAACAUGUAUGCUUGAACGUAUUAUCGAAUAAACUCGAUGAAGGACUAAUUCAGAAGAUCACACAAACAGGAAAAAAAAGCACAAGUGGUUGGUGUGUGUGCGCGCGUUGUAUCGUAACCAUUACGUGUCUCACAUCGAAAAAGAUAGAGAUCAUAACGAAAAAUUUUAUUGGCCGUACGAAACAAAGAAAGGGCUAAAAUUUGCCUGAAUUCUUUUUCACUGGCAAACAAAGGUGGCUGGUUUUACUGCUGCCUUUGAAGACUAGAUACAGUACUGCCUCUCUUUUUCCCUCUCUUUCGUUCUUGCUCUCGAGGGACGAGGAAGAAGAAUGGAGGCGAUAGCAAAGCACGAUUUUACGGCGACAGCCGAAGAUGAGCUUAGUUUCCGUAGAAGUCAGAUCUUAAAGAUUUUAAAUAUGGAAGAUGACAUGAAUUGGUAUAGGGCUGAAUUAGAUUCUAGAGAAGGACUCAUUCCAAGUAACUAUAUAGAAAUGAAAAAUCACGAUUGGUAUUAUGGAAGGAUAACCAGAGCAGAUGCCGAAAGACUACUAAUGAAUAAACACGAAGGCGCCUUUCUUAUUAGAAUUAGUGAAAGUUCUCCUGGUGAUUUCUCUUUGUCUGUUAAAUGUUCAGAUGGUGUCCAGCACUUUAAAGUAUUGAGAGAUGCUCAAGGUAAAUUCUUCCUGUGGGUAGUUAAAUUUAACAGCCUAAAUGAAUUAGUAGAAUAUCAUCGUACAGCAUCUGUCUCUCGCUCGCAAGAUGUUAAGUUAAGGGAUAUGGUUCCAGAAGAAUGUUUAGUACAAGCAUUAUAUGAUUUCCAACCCCAGGAACCUGGUGAACUCGAAUUUAAACGUGGUGAUGUAAUCACUGUUACUGAUCGCACAGAUCAACAUUGGUGGCAUGGAGAAAUUGGUAAUAGGCGGGGUUUGUUUCCAUCUACAUAUGUUACUCCAUAUCACUCCUAGGCCUCAUGUUGUGCACACAGAGGCCAAAGGCAUCGGCCGCUUUAUCCCACCACUAUCACGUACAGGAUCAGACUUACCGCAGAAUUAAUCAACAAUAUUUUACAAACUCCACCUAUCGAAUGGGCUACCAGGAUGUAUUGGUGGUCUAGACGUAGAGUUGUUUAACUGGGCUCAAUAUAUCAUUGAUGGCUGUUUAUUGGUCUCGUUAAAAGAACUUUUCCAUAUUCAGUAAUUUACAUAAGCAAGCGUAGAGUUCCUUGACAUAGCACAACAACAGGGUAGCAUGUUUGUUUGAUUGUCAUUGAAACUUCAACAAAAAUUUUUCACUGGGACUGAUAGCUACUACUAUUCAAAGUUAUUAAUAGACAUUGUACGUGUAUGGUAGACACAUCUUCAACUAUCUCAUUUCAUUUUCGUGAAUAUUUGAGUAGAACAUGAACCUAAAAAUACAUUUAUAGUAUUUAUACGGGAUAAACGAAACUUGGUGUUUCCUAUACCUUGGUAGUCCAUUAAUGGAGUAUAUGUUCAAAAAUGACAUCAACUGUAUACAUCAAUAAUGAGAAGUAUUGGUUGUAUUGAAACGAUAAUGCGUAUUGUUUCGAAAGACAGGUUUAUAAGCGGGCUGACAUAAACAUUGUAUUUUUCAAUACAAAUUUGUUGUUCGAAGAACCGGGGACCUUGGUGAUAAAGAGCCUAGUAAACUACCCAUAUGCAAGAUACAAGAACUUUAUAUAGAUGUAGUAUUAAACGCGUCGCCUUUUGGCAUAAAAUGCACACCAUUCUGCCUCUAUGUUGUGAAUAUUUUUACAAAUAUUUGUGGAAGAAAGGAUUCUUCCAUUGGUUAAGAUACAUCUGAUAUCAAUAUGUCAGAUAUACUUGCUGUGUAUUAUAUAUAUAGACUUGUACUUUUCAGACUGUACGUUGAAUAAUAAUUCUGACAUCUUUUGAGAGGAUUUCAUGAUGGAAAAAGAGUUAAAUAUUAUACAAGUUUUUUAUACGAACGUGGUACAUACUUAUUCACUUAAAAAAUUUUGCAAUUUUUAUAAUAUUGAUUUAUUCCGUUUAAUGCAUUUUUCUGACAUGCCAAAAAGCGAUAAAUACGGUGCACGAAA